GGCAAUGAGGUUUCAGCAACUUUGUAUAGGUUUACAGCCAACAACUCUGUACGACGAAAGAUACAACCAUCAAAAUAGACUAACCUAACAAGAGACUCAUCUCUUUAACAAGAGACUCGCAUGAGAGAGAGAUGAGAGGUAGAGAGAGAAAGAGAAAGAGAGGGCCGAGACAGAGAACACAGAGUAAACGGAUAGCACAGCGGUAUGAGAGUUUCAAUCCCUGGGAUAGGGGGCGGUUCCGACAGGAAGUGGGUGUCUAUGACAAAAGAAUCUACAAUCAAGCGAUUCCUUUCUUCUUCACUAACUUCCCAGAGGAGUGGUCGUUUGAACAGAUGUGGCAAACCUUCAACAGGUUAGGAUUAGGAAGGGUACUGGAGAUUGAUUGCCCGAAGAAGAAGGACAGAUUUGGCAAAAGAUUCGGGUUUGUUCGAUUUCUGGAUGUGAAGAAUGAAGGUGAAUUGGAAAGAAGAUUAAAUAAUGUAAGGAUCGGGGACCAUGUACUACAAGCAAACAAACCGAGGUUCUCGAAGUGGGAUGGCCAAGUGAAGGAGGACUCUAGCAACCAAUCUAUGUCUCGAAGCUGGACUCAACAUGACAUUAACCGCAGAAUCAAAAGACCAUCAUAUGCUGAAGUGGUACUAGGACAGAGCCAAAGAAAGGAUGAAAGGCCUAUGACCAGAAGACAGGAGGAAGAACCAGCAAGUAAGAUGGGAGGCAAUGAGACCAACAUGCAUGGGCGUCAACAAUGGCAAUGGAAACCAAAACACCACUACCACCAAUGGUCUGGCAUGGAGAUCAACAUUGACAAGGACGAGUAUGCAUGGUUGGAAAAAUGUUAUGUAGGUAUUGUGCAUUCAGUGAGCUUGAUACCAAAUCUGCAAGAGAAAUUCUUCAUGGAGGGGGUUUUCUUUUGCAAUAUUAGACCAAUGGGAGGUAGACUAGUACUGCUAGAAGGCAAGGACUAUGAGGAUUUGAAGGAGCUUGUUGACACCGGAAAAGACUGGAUGGGGCAAUGGUUUGAGGAUGUGAAGCCUUGGUCCCCUGCGACGAUAGCUACAGAGAGAUUUGCAUGGAUCCGAUGUCAGGGACUUCCAGCACAUGCUUGGAAGCUGGAAACCUUCCAAACUUUUGGAAAUCUGUGGGGAAACUUUAUUACUUUAGAUGAUAGCACGAGCUACAAAAGGAGAUUCGAUGCCGCCCGUUUCCUAAUCACCACACCAUCCCCAGAUUCUAUCUUUAGAUCCUUCACGACUAAGAUUAAUGGCAAGUUUUUUAGAUUAAAGUUCACAGAAAAGGAGUCAACUAACAGCCUCUUCACCAUGAGAUCCGACAGAGUAAUUCAUGCUCCCAGUGAUGUGGAUGAUGAGAAAAGUUGCUCUUUAGAAAGCUCAACUGCUGGUGAUCUUGACCUGGAGGUGGAUAUGAUGGAGCAAGCUAAGCUACAGUCCGUUGAGGGUGAAGGCGACGGAGCUGAGGCCAUCUCGGAGGAUGACGUGGUGAUGCCGAAUGCCGUCGAUGUAAAUGGCGCUAAGGUGAUAUCCCGAGAUGAUGAAGUGGCUAGCUACUGUGACGAACCAAACUACUCAACAAAAAUGGGAAAUGAAAUAGUUAGAACAAAUACCGAGGUAGUUGAAGAGUCAGAGGAUAUGGGCGAAAAUCUGAAUGGGUCUCGUGAUUCAAAUUCAAAUGCAUCAAGGCUGGGAGAAGCAAAGAAGGUAGGGGUUCACCUAGAAACGCCAGACAACAUAGCUGAACAAGGGGACAUUGGGAAUGCCAGUCAAAUGAGCAAAAAUGUAGCUGUGGACAGCUAUGACAUGUCCAAUCAAAAUAAUAAUAUUGAAGUAAGCGGAAUGGGCUGUGAGGUUGGAAGGGAAGUUGGGUCUCUUACGACCGGAAUGGGCUUAAAAAUGGUCAUAGGUCCAAAUCAUAAGGCUGAAAUAGGCUUACAUGGGGCAUCAACUGCAGAUCCAAUGGAGCAAAGCACGAAGAACGACAGGAAAUCCAAAUUAAAGAACAGUGAGUCUGCCUCUUGUUUUUGGGAUGAUCUGGAAAGUGACUCAGGGAACGACUUAAACUGGAUGAAAAGGAGUGACUUGUGCGGGAGAAGGAAGAGUAAGCGAAGGGCAAAAUCAUGCGCUUCGGUGUACAGAAAAACUAGGGGAUUGGAGGGAUUCUUGAUUCAAUACAAGAGGAAAGGGCAAAGGAAAGACUCCUUAAAGUGCUCGAAGCAGAUUCUAUUCGAAAAUAACCUAGAGAAAUUGGUUGCAGAUGAAUCGAUCAAUGACAGCAACAUCCAAAAUUGCAACAAAAGCUUUAUACAGAGGAGUAGCACACGGAACAUGGAGGCUCUAUGGUCCCUGGCAAAAGAGCUAGGAGUGACAGCACGUGGAGAGGAGAAUCAGAUUAUGCAGAAAUUGAAAGAGAUGGAAAGCCGAGACAGGGGAAGGCGAAGGAACGAAGAGGAGAAGAAAUCCGAGAAAGAUGACCAGUCUGCUAUUGGUGCAUCAGGAGGUAUACUAAUAAUAUGGAAUUCUAGUGUCUUCAAAAAGAUUAGCAGUUUUGAAGGUGCAGGAUUUUUGGGAGUCUUUGGGCUGUGGGGAGAUGAUAACACCCCAUGUUAUUUUGUUAAUGUAUAUUCCUCAUGCGAUCUGGUUCAAAAGAGAUGCUUGUGGGAGAAUUUAUCAAAAUUGGUUACUUCAAAAAAAGGGAACUGGUGUAUAGCUGGAGACUUUAAUGCCAUUCGAAACCUCCAGGAAAGGAAGGGAGGCAGAAGUGUGAGGCGUGAGCUCAAGGAGUUCAAUGACUUUAUUGAGAUGAGCAGUUUGGUGGACCUUUCUAUGAUUGGGAGGAAAUUUACUUGGUACCAGCCAAAUGGCCAAAGCAUGAGUCACUUGGAUAGGUUUCUUUUUUCUAGUGAAUGGAUGCUUAAUUGGUCCGACUUGAAGCAGUGGGGGUUAGUCAGGUCAUUGUCAAAUCAUUGCCCAGUCAUGGUGAAGAAUGAAGCACGAUGGGGAGGUUUUGUGGUAAAGGAGAAACUAAAGCGGCUGAAAAACUGUGUGAAGGAUUGGACACGGAAUCAGGUGCAGGGAGUGGAUAAACAUAUUGAGGAGGCAAAAGCUGAAAUUGCAAAACUAGAUGGUAAAGGGGAAUCACAACAGCUAAGCGAGGAGGAAUGUCUCCGUAGAAGAGAUAUGAUGAUAUGCCUAUGGGAAAAUAUUCAAAUCAAAGAGGAUAUGGCAAAGCAAAAGUCAAGGAAGGCAUGGAUGAAAGCCGGGGAUGCAAACACAAGUUAUUUCCACCAGUGCAUAAAAGGUAGAUGGCGCAAGAGCGAGAUAAACUCGUUAUCAAUCCAAGGAAAGGUUUUUGAGGGAGUCAACGAGUUGAAACAAGGAGUGGCAGAAUACUUCAUGAGCUUAUUCACAGAGGAAGGUUGGAAUCGGCCUGUUCUAGAUGGUGUCAACUUUAAGAAAAUUUUAGAAGCCGAGAGAAACUUCUUAACUGAACCUUUUCUUGAAAUAGAAGUUAAAGAUGCUGUAUGGAAUUGUGAUGGUGCAAAAGCCCCAGGUCCAGAUGGUUUUACUUUCGAGUUUUUGAAAACAGAAUGGGAUGUGGUUAAAGGCGACAUAUUGAAGUUUCUUUCUGACUUUCAUAGCAACAGCAAGUUGGUGAGAGGAUCCAAUUCAUCUUUUUUGGUGUUGAUACCUAAGAAGGAGAAUCCUCAAAGCGUCGAAGAGUACAGGCCAAUAUCCUUAAUUGGAAUUAUGUAUAAAAUUCUUGCUAAAAUCCUUGCAAAUAGAUUAAGUAAGGUGAUGGAUGGGAUUAUAGGCGAACAACAAUCAGCUUUUAUCGGAGACAGACAGUUGGUUGAUGGAGUCGUCAUUGCAAACGAGGCUAUUGAGGAGAUUAAGAGGAAAAAAUUGAGUUGCUUCCUUCUCAAAGCCGACUUUGAAAAAGCCUAUGAUAAUGUCAGCUGGGAGUUCCUGGAUUAUAUGCUGGAAAGGAUGAAUUUUGGCCCAACAAAGGAGUUUGUCAUGAGUAGAGGAUUACGGCAAGGGGACCCGCUAGCUCCUUUUCUGUUUUUAAUUGUUGCGGAAGGCCUCAAUGGUAUCAUAUCGUCGGCAGUUGCGAAAGACCUAUUCGAAGGGGUACCAAUUGGAGGAGGGGGCUUUCGCAUCUCCCAUUUGCAGUUCGCAGAUGACACCCUAUUAAUAGGGAGAGCAACGGAAGAAAAUAUCUGGACUACAAAAUGCAUUUUGAGGGCUUUUGAGUUGGUGUCCGGGCUGAAAAUUAACUAUGGGAAAAGCUCACUGAUCAGCAUAAAUACAGGUAACUUAUGGGAAAGGGAUAUGGCAUGUUUGUUGAACUGUAAAGUGGGGUCCUUGCCAUGUAAGUACCUGGGUAUUCCUUUGGGAGCGGAUCCUAGAAGAGUGAAUACAUGGAAGCCACUAAUCGACACUUUCAAAAGAAAAUUAUCUUCUUGGAGGGGCCGAUACCUAUCCUUGGGUGGUAGAAUAACUCUCAUAAACUCUGUGCUGUCUAGUCUACCGGUGUUCUUAAUGUCAUUCUAUCUCCUUCCGAAAAGCGUUAUCGAUGAGUUAGAUAAAAUUAGGAGAAGAUUUCUUUGGGGGGGGGACAACGGAGACAAAGAAGGUUGCUUGGGUUGCAUGGGAGAAGAUUUGCCUAAAUUGAUUACCGAGAAGGGGGGAUUGUGGAGGAGAGUUUUAUCUGACAUUUAUGGGAGUGAUGAGGGGAAUUGGUUAUCUUACUUAAGGGAGGGUAGAUGUGUAGGAUCAAAAUGGUGGAGGGAUGUUUGCAAGAUAGAUGAAGGGAUGGGUAUUAAAAAGGAUUGGCUGAGUUUGGGUUUUGGUGUGGAUUUGGGGGAUGGUGAGAAGGUUAAGUUCUGGACUGAUGUGUGGGUAGAAGGGUAUGCUCUAUCUAACAAAUUCCCUCGUUUAUUCCUACUAGCUACAGAUCAGAAUUGCAGCGUCAAAGAUAUGGGAUCCUGGUCGAAGAAUGGCUGGCAAUGGAAAUUCUCCUGGAAACGCCCACUUCGUUCAUGGGAGGAAGACGCUGAAAAAGAGUUGGUUAAUAUACUGAAAUUAAGAGCUCCAUCACAGAACAAGGAAGAUCGAUGGCAAUGGCACCUGGAAACUUCAGGGACCUACACAACAAAAUCAGCUUACUCAUGGAUCCUUAAGGGAGAACCAAAGCCAGCAACUGACUUCAUAAGGGUGUGGAAAGCCCUCAUUCCACCUAAAGUAAGUGCAUUUUGCUGGCAAUUGCUUCACAAGAAAAUCCCUACAAAAGAUAACCUUUCAAUCCGAGGAAUUUGUAAUGCAAACUCUAAUUUAAAUUGCUGCUGGUGUGAUUCUUCAAUGGAGACGACCGAUCAUAUUUUUGCUCAAUGCAAUGUGGCCUUUAGCUUAUGGAUGAAAUGCUACAAGUGGUGGGGCGUGCAAUAUGUACUGGAUAAUUCAUGUUUAAUGUUUUUUGAGCAACAUAAAUGGCUUGGAGGUCCGAAAAUACUUGAUAGGGGAUGGAACAUUAUCUGGUUCGCAGUAAUAUGGACACUGUGGCUGGGCAGGAACGAAAAGAUUUUCCAGAUGAAGGAGACAAAGCUCGACAGAUUCUUUGAGCUAGUUCAGAUCCGAUCUUUCUUCUGGGUAACGAACAUUCAAGGUAUGGAAGGGUUCUCUUUAUCUGAAUGGUGCGAGAAUCCAACCAAAUGUCUUAAGAAUAACCCCGUCCGGAAAGAUAGUGUUUGAACUGGUCUUUUUGUUUUAACUAGUCUUCUUGGAACGUUGGUUUUAUUUUCUUUGUUGGGUGUUCUACCCCUUUAGUGUUGCUGGUUUUUUAAGCAACAAGUUGGUUUUUGUAUACACGGAGGUCAGGAAGUGAAGGCUAUUUUGCCAUUGAUCUACUGAAUUAGUUCCACUCUCUAAGACAAAUUAGGAAAAAAAUUUAUUAUAACAUUUUUAUGUGAAAGUUGUACUAAGCAUUACAUUGGCUCCUUUCUUCAUAAUAUGCUGAAUUAUGCCACUUUUCUUACCUAUUUUAUGGUUCUGGAGUUUGCCUCUGUUAACUUAAUGACAAAUAAUUAAGGACCAGUGGGACCUGUUCAGAUUAAAUAAACACUUCAUCAGAAG